CCAUCGUUCAACCAUCCACAUGCCUCACUCAAAUAUAGUAUUUAAAGUGCAUUCAUUAUAAGUAGGAUUCUUAUCGCAAUAGCUAAAGCCAAAAAGCAAACAUGAUUCUAUACUUUGUUUUCAUUCUCAUCCUUCAACCAUGCAUGAUAACUAAAUCUCAUUCCAAAUCAAUCAUCACAACGCUUCCUGGAUAUUCUGGUCAUCUUCCUUUCAACCUAGAAACCAGUUAUGUGGGAAUAGGGGACGUACAGUUGUUUUACUAUUUUGUUGAAUCAACGAGAAAUCCAGAAGAAGACCCUCUAAUAUUACAUAUUAGUGGUGGUCCCGGAUGUUCAGGUUUACUUCCCUUGCUAGGUGAAACAGGUCCACUUAACAUAAAUGUGGACAAUCUCACAUUAACAUUGAAUCCAAGCUCAUGGACACAGAUGGCUAAUAUGAUAUACGUGGAUAUGCCCGUUGGUGCGGGCUUUUCCUACGCAGAAACUGAACAAGGGUGGAUUAGCAGCGAUACUAUUCUAGCUACCCAAGCUAAUGAAUUUAUUAAAAAGUUUUUGAGCGAACAUCCCAAGUUUUUGCGCAAUCCAUUAUACAUUUCAGGAACUUCUUAUGCUGGCAUUAUUGUUCCCAAAGUCACUCUAGAAUUAUAUGAAUAUGAAGGUGAUGAGCAUGGAGAUCAACCAUUCAACAUUCAAGGCUACAUUGUUUGCAGUCCUCUAACUAAUAAGUUCAUGGAUUUCAAUUCUAGGCUUGAAUAUGCCUAUCGUAUGGCACUCAUAUCAAAUGAUAUUCACAAGUCCGCCGUAGACAGUUGUCAUGGUAACUAUGUAGACAUUGAUUCAGCCAAUUCAGUAUGCGCAAAAAGUCUUCAACGUUACGAAGAGUGCACAAGCCAUAUUAAUACCAAUAACAUUCUGAAACCAUUUUGUGAUGCAAAUGAUCCAAAUUUAGAUUGUAAUACUGAUACUCAUAAAGCCAUAAACAAAUGGGCGAAAACCGAAGUUGUACAACAAGCUCUAAAAGUUCGUGAAGGAACAAUUGAAAAUUUUGAAAUGAUCAACAAAACCUUGCAUUACGCUCAAGGGAAAAAUGACACAUUUGGUUAUUCUUAUGAUAUUUUUAGUAGUUUUUCCUAUCAUAAGAAGCUUUUGAGUAAAAAGUGUAGAGCUUUGAUCUUCAGUGGCGAUCAUGAUUUCACAUUUCCGUAUGUUGGCGUUGAGCAAUGGAUAGCUUCUCUCAAUCUCCAAGUUGAAGUACCAUGGAAACCUUUCUACGUUGAUGAUCAAGUCGGAGGAUAUGAAACCAAAUAUGCACAAAACCAAUAUUCAUUGACAUAUGCUACGGUUAAGGGCGAAGGUCAUUCAGUUCCAUUAAACAGUCCAAGAGAAUCUUUGGUAUUGGCACAAGAGUUCUUUGCUUCACAGACUUAUUCGAGUGAUUCUUAGAUGAGAUACUGGAAUGGAGUAGCAUAUGAUGCAUCACGAAGUUGUUGCAGUACUCUAUAGUACAUGUUUGAAUUUGCUUAAGAUAUUUGUAAUCUGGUGAUACUUUAUUUAUUGUUAUCAUAUGUAUACGUAUACUAAUAUUUUCGAUCUUGAACAAGGAACUCAUCAUAUUUUGUUUA